AUGGAAUGCCUGUCUACUGGAGCCUUUAAAUGUGGUGUCAACUUGAAAGUGAACAUCCGGGCUUCAGGACCUGCCAGUGUCACUGUGUUGCCAACAAAGUCAGGUCAACCAGAGGUGGAGAGCAGCAUUGCCAAGGUUGGACCCUCUGGCUAUUACUACCAGGGGGUUUUUGGCAUCUGGGCUCACUUUGGAACUUUUCCCAUGGAGAUCUACAUCCGGCGACUGCUGAACAUCCGCAGGGCGGUGGUGCGGCUUCUGGACAGGGCUCCAGACACGCUGGUUGUCAUCCGGACUGGGGGCCCCAGAGAAAUGAACCUUUAUUAUGCAAUAAAUAACAGCGACUGGCACACGCUGCAGUGUUAUAAAGUGCUCAGAUUCAUGUUCGAAGGACUGAACGUUCACCUGAUCGAGGCCUGGGAGAUGGUCAUUGCCCACCACCUGGCACACAACAUCCACCCAUCACGUCCCAUAAUUGAGAAUAUGGUUAACCUUAUCUUGUCCUACACGUGUCCUCAAUAGGG